AGCAGUCAAGAACAAAAAACAGAUUUUCAUGUUGACUGAUGUGAGUACACCAGCCACAAUGAGGAGCUCCUGCACAUUUCUGGCAUCCGUUCUUUCGAUUGUCAUUUUUCUCCUGCUAAUUCCUGAAGAUUUCUGUGCUAAAAUCAUUGGAGGAAAUGAAGUGCAUCCUCAUUCAAGACCCUACAUGGUCUUCCUUAAUGGAAAAAAAAUCUGUGGUGGGGCUUUGAUUGCAAAAGACUGGGUGUUGACUGCAGCUCACUGUCCCCGUCCUUCUCAAGUCAUUCUUGGAGCUCACACAAUAAGCAAGAAUGAGCCAGAAAAACAAAUAAUGUCCUGUAAGAGAGAGGUUCUCUAUCCCUGCUAUGACCCAGAAACACGUGAGGGUGAUCUUAAACUUCUACAGCUGAACAAAAAAGCAACACUUAAUAAAAACGUGGCAAUCCUUCCCCUACCUAAAAAUGGGGAGGAUGUGAAGCCAGGAACAGUGUGUCGAGUUGCAGGGUGGGGGAGGACUCAGAAUAAUUCUCCUCAGUCUUCAGAUACCCUAAGAGAAGUCAAUAUCACUGUCAUAGACAGAAAAAUCUGCAAUGAUGAAAAGCAUUAUAAAUAUAAUCCCAUGAUUGGACUGAAUAUGAUUUGUGCCGGAAACGUCCGAGGUGGAAAAGACACAUGUAAUGGAGAUUCUGGAAGCCCUUUGAUAUGUGAAGGUAUUUUCAGAGGCAUCACUUCCUUUGGCCUUUCAGAGAAAUGCGGAGACCCUCGAGGACCUGGCAUCUAUACACUUCUCUCAAAGAAAUACCUCACAUGGAUAACUAAGACAAUCAAGGGGACAGCUUAAAUAACUGUAUCUCAUUUGCUAUCAUUUCUUUACUAUAAAUAAAUAAAAUCAAUUUGCUUGGCUAUA